AUGCAGCUCACCACGAUUCUCACGAGCUCGCUGCUUCUGCUGUUACCUGCGGUUGUCUCAGCAUGGUCUUGUCUUUCCGACGCCGAUGCUCAGGACAUCGUCGACAAGUCGAUCAUCUUCUUGCAACAUCGAAACAUCACGCAAGCUCGCGAAGUUGCCACUGAGCUCUUCUCGCCCGAUAUCGUCCAGUAUGGCGACUCGAUCAACAUCCUCCGUGCCGACCCUCUGGGCACGCCGGUAUAUGAGAACGCGACUGCCUAUAUCGAGGGCACGCUUGCCGCGCCUGGCAUUCCGAAUAUCACCACCAUCGCCAUUAUCCACGACUGCAACUCCCUAGUCUUCUUCUGGCAAUUCGAAGGCAUCGGUGGCCCCAAUGCGCCAGUGAAGAACCGCGUCCGAGGGAUGACGUAUCAGCAAAUGGAUGACAACAACAAGGUUAUCCAGCAUGACGUUGAAUUCAACAGCUAUGCUUGGGCAGAGAACACCGGCUUCCAGAUCAGCUAUCCUGAGACGGGCACAUAUGCGCAGCCUGAGGAGCCGCCUGCAAAGGUCAGGCGAUCGCCGAGGGGCGCGCGGAUGGGUUAG